AUGACCUGCUGCUGUUUUCUUAGGGUACAUCCUUUGUUUUCCUGGUUUUGGUCUUUCUGUCAUAGGAUGGCAUUAGGUCUGUGUCUGCAGGUGCUGUGCAGCCUGGGUGGCUGGCUCUCACUCUAUACAUCUUUCUGCCGCCUGAAUAAGCACCGAAGCUAUGAGUGGAGCUGCCGGCUGGUGACCUUCACCCACGGAGUCCUCUCUAUAGGCCUGUCCGCUUAUAUUGGCUUCAUUGAUGGCCCUUGGCCUUUUACCCACCCAGGCUCACCGAACACACCUCUCCAAGUUCACAUUCUGUGUCUUACCUUGGGCUACUUCAUCUUCGACUUGGGCUGGUGCAUCUAUUUCCAGUCUGAGGGUGCCCUGAUGCUGGCUCACCACACAUUGAGCAUCUUAGGGAUCAUCAUGGCUCUAGCACUUGGGGAGUCAGGCACAGAGGUCAACGCCGUCCUCUUUGGAAGUGAGAUCACCAACCCGUUGCUCCAGAUGCGCUGGUUUCUCCGUGAAACCGGGCACUACCACAGUUUCACUGGAGAUGUGGUAGACUUCCUCUUUGUGGCUCUGUUCACUGGUGUGAGGAUUGGUGUAGGUGCUCAUCUUCUUUUCUGCGAAAUGGUCUCACCCACUCCCAAGUGGUUUGUGAAGGUUGGGGGAAUAGCGAUGUAUGCUGUGUCUUGGUGCUUUAUGGUUAGCAUCUGGCGCUUUGCGUGGAAGAAAAGCAUCAAGAAGUACCAUGCGUGGAGAAGCAGGAGGAAUGAGGAGCGACAGCCGAGACAUAAUGGGCGUCUCAAGACACACUAGCCAAGGCUUGCUCCUGGUAAAUGGAUUGGUUUGAAUUGGCCACAGGACCAGUGUCAGAAACAGAACUGAGCUUAUAGUGGUCAAGAACUAUAGGGUACUUAGGUUUCGAAAAAAGGGCUAAAUGUAUCCAUCGCUUUAGUCAGUUUCCAAGCUAAGCAUAUGCAGUAUUGAAACACUCACUCCUACAGUGGUACUUGCACAUCCUCAGUGGCGACUGGCGAGUGGCACUGUAUAGGGAGGACCAUUGCCACUUGUUUUUGGGUCCCCAUGUUCAUGGGAGGCCUGAUAGAUAUUCGACAGCUUUGAAAAGAACUUGAAUCAAAUCAGUGCUGUCUCUUGUUCCUUUGGAAAUAACUCCUGAGUUCCUCUAGACAUU